AGUUAUGUACAGCCGUAAUAACAAUGUGAUUCUAGUUAUGCUACGUGCUAGGGCGAAAGGAAACGAUUUGUUUCUUGUUAGACAAAGGUUUGAGAACAGUUGGAAUUGGCAAUUGCUUUUUUAUUAGAUUAGAUUUUUUUCUUUUUCAUUAUUUUGAUGUCGCAUUAUAGAAGUAUUACAGCCGAGUCCUUGUGGAUUCAAAUUUCUUAUUGAUAUUUGAAUAUGUUAUAUUUUCUACUUUCUUCUCUGUUUUAAACUUGUAACUCUAUCACGAUCUAUUGUCACUCAAGCACUAAUAAAUUCUCUACCGUUCACGACUCUUGAUCCAAUACUUUGUUCAGGCUCACGUGGUUCUCUUUAGAUGGAAAUACGAUUUCAGUAAUAUUCAACAACCUGUACCAAAAGUAAACUGAAUUUUCUUUGGAUCGAUCAAUAGCUCAGUUCAACGAUGUCAAAAGCUUAUUUUGUCGUGUAGAGGGAGUUGCAGCAAUCUUUUUUCUUUUCCAAGUCCCAUGCGACCCAAUGGCUAAUAAAACCGACACAUAAAACACAGCGCCAAAUAUAUGUUAAAUGGAAGCACCGGUCAUCUUGGCUCAACUGGACAGAAUCCUUUUUUACAACUAAAACAGACCGUGCUGAGAUAAGUUAUGAGUUACGCGGCUGAUGCCUUUGUUUACACAGAGACCAUAAUUCGAUUUGUAAACACUACGUGCCCGCGAAGCGCAUUCCACAGAUUUAUACAUUUAUUCAUUCAUGGCGGCUUGAAAUUUACCGUUGUUUGUAGAAACCCCGGGCGUUCCGCAAGCCCUUCUAACUCCACCUGGGAGAAAUCCAGAGUUUAGCUGGGGACACGAGCGGCCUGAGCCAGGCCUUUCUGGUUACAUGCAACGUCCGGGUAUUGGCUUGUUAUCCUAGGUUCCUCAUAGCCAGAUAAGACGUCAUUGCCUUUCUAUUGGAACCGACCCAAAGCAAUGUUCCCAAACGGCACCGCCCGACCCCCUCUUAUCCCCGGAGAUUAACUCCUUAUAAGGCUGGUGACCCAAUCCCAUGUUAAACACGACUCAAGAACGGUUUAUGUCAAUAACAGACUUUAUUUAAACCAUUAAUUGAGCGUAUUCUCUAUAUAUAGUAUCCAUCCUUACGAAAAUCAAUUUAUUGACGUACUUGCCGUACUGCUCUGUAGCAUAUUACAAUAGGCAAGUUAUGAUAAGCACCACUCGCAUUCCAUUGUUCGAGGAGUUCGACUGGCGAAGUGCGGGCAAUAUGAUGUGCUAAUAUUGCUUUUCUUAUUUGUUCUAUCUAUAGCUCGGCUAACUUCGUCAUCGGGGGCCUGACGUUACAGAAGUAAGACGGCCAGCCAUUGACGAUAUGGAAUAUUAACCAACCAUGGUUCAAAUUAAAUCCCAGCCAAUCAGAAGGCCCGUUACUACGCUACUAAUUACUUGGAAUGUACAUUGAAAUGGAGUGACGUUAUUCGUGUAUACCGUGACGUCAGAGGCUGUUCCCCAGGACCCGACUUACGAUGGUUAAGAAAUAUAUACUUGCGAUGCUCCAAUUUAGUGGGAGACUGUGCACGAGGCCCGAGUCUGUGACGGCGUGUGCAGGUAGCGGAGUUCACCAUACACCCUGGCAUCAGCUGGCUCGACUAGGAGGCGCACAGGUAAAGGCUUUCGUAGGGCAACCUGGAGCUGCCGACACACUCCUUGCCGUCGCAGCAGUCAUCAGUUGGAGACAGUUCCAAAUCUCUCCCGAAGGAGCAGACGACACAAGUAUCCAAAGCGCUCUCUCCCAAUCUCCCCGUCCAGUCUUCGCCGAGUGCCGCCCAGGCGUCGCCUCUUCAGCUACCUGGGCCCGUGCUCCCAGAGAACAAACUGCAGGACUUUGCCGCGCCACCUAGCGCCGCUACGCCAUAUAACAAUACCUCUGCUAUGAUGCUUCUGCUACAGGCGCAGUCGAAUCCGUUUGAUGCAAGCAAUGCCGGCAUGGAGCAUUUCCCAUCGACUUACAACAGUAUCACCCCUCCAAUGGCCGAGGACAUCGCGCCCUUCACCCCGUCUCAUUACAAUCCCGGACAGAGUUACUCGUCAGAGUCCAGUCUCUACUCGCCAAGAGAUGACCAGUCUGUCUCCAUGGCGGAGGAUUUUGGAGGCGGCGGUGGCGGAGGAAGUGGGGGAUUCGACCGCCCUCACACGGAUGUUGGUGAACCGCCGUACCACCACCCGGGCUGCUCGCCCUCUGCCACCCAGAUGCAGGCGGCGGCCUCACAGUUCCAAGACGCUGGUGGCUACGGUAGCGGGAUAGAACAAUCGGGCAACUACACCCCUUACGCUCGCGGUGGAGAAGACACCAAAUUUCCCUUCACCGGAUUCGGGAAUGAUCCGUGCCCACCGGAUUCACCUAUGGCUAGCACAAUACAUUACCAGGGUCACUACCAGAGUUACCCGACGGAUAAUUUUGACUGUUAUAAACAGCCUACGGGGUUUGGAGGUGAGGAGGGCCCCGGGGGACUGGACUAUUUCCACACCCGUGCCCCCCAACAGGGUGGUUACCACGGUCACGGGUCCCAGCCAAUGUACCCUCAGUCCAUUCCCAUGGACCAGAAACCGUUCCACUCGAGCCCUCUGGCGGACAGCGGGUUCUUCGGUCCGGAUCAGACCGCCUUUCACGGUUACCAUGGUUACUACGAUAACGCCACGCGCAUGGGGUGUCCGGAGAGUGGGUAUAAUCUCCUUAACCAGUCCAACAGAGGGAUGUAUGGCCCAGGGAUGGGGAUGGACGUCCCCCGCUCCCCCUUCAGAAGGCGACCCUCACUCACUUUGGUUGGCUCCAUGUCUACAGAAGCCAACUUAGAGUUACAGAAAUAUCAAAUGCAUUCUCCCACGACCCCGCCCACCCCCUCAUCCACCCGCUCGUCCCCCGGGAGGGACAUGGUACCUCCGCCCAAAGAGAGCCAAUGCUGUGCCGUAUGCGGGGACAAUGCAGCAUGUCAGCAUUACGGGGUUCGGACGUGUGAGGGCUGCAAAGGCUUCUUUAAGAGAACGGUUCAGAAAGGUUCCAAAUACGUGUGUCUGGGAGACAAGAGUUGUCCUGUGGACAAAAGGCGGCGCAACAGGUGUCAGUUCUGCCGCUUUCAGAAGUGCCUUGUGGUGGGAAUGGUCAAAGAGGUUGUGCGAACAGAUAAUCUUAAAGGGAGACGCGGUCGUCUGCCAUCAAAACCAAAGAGCCCCCAAGAAUCCCCGCCUUCUCCGCCUGUGAGCCUCAUUACCGCCCUUGUGCGCGCGCACGUGGAUACCUCGCCGGACAUGCCAACUCUAGACUACUCUCAGUUCCGCGUCCCUGGAGGAGAAGAUCACCAGCUGACAACGCAUGCGCAGCUGGACUUGCCGCAGUUUUUCGAGCUCAUCACCUCCUCCAUCGAUCUUCUCCGAGUUUGGGCGGAAAAAAUUCCCGGAUUUACCGAACUCUGUAAACACGAUCAGGAGCUUCUUUUCAACUCUGCUUCGUUAGAGCUCGUAGUGCUUAGAAUAGCGUCCAGAAUCCAGCCAAAUGAUGACAGAAUUAUAUUCUGCUCGGGUCUGGUUUUACAUCGUUUACAAUGUUUACCCAGUUUUGGCGACUGGAUCAACUCUAUAGUGGAUUUCGGCAUGGCCCUCCACCGCAUGGACGUUGACAUUUCAGCUCUCUCGUGUAUGGCCGCUCUUACCAUGAUAACCGAACGCCAUGGUCUUAAGGAGACAAAAAAGAUGGAAGAAUUACAGAUGAAAGUCAUUGACGCUCUACGUGACCACAGCACAUACAACAGCGAAGCUCAGAAGAAGCAACAGUAUUUCUCUAAAAUCCUCGGUGUAAUUCCUGAACUAAGAACACUUUGCCGAGAAGGUGUACAGAGGUUUGUUGCAUUAAAAGAAGACAAGGAGUUGAGUCUGCCCUCAGUUAUAGAUUCUUUAUAUCUCAACAACCAGCUGCCCCUAUGAACCUAUUGUUUACAGCAUUACAAAGACAACUCAAAGCAUACUGGAACCGCGCGUAGUUCGAAUGACCUACUUGCGGCGGAUCACGUGUCUCAUAUCAUGCUAUGGUAUGCCAGUCAUAUGUGUCGGAAUCACAAGUCAGAGUUCGUAACGGACAGCAAGGAUAUCUCUUUGAAGAUUUCUAAAAUUGAAAAUGUAGAUUUCUUAUUUCUAAUGGCCAGUCUUUGUGAUGGGAUAAGUAGCAAUUUUUCACGAUUUGUAAAACACCUGAAAAAAGAGGCGAUACCUUUACCUACAUUAGUCCAAUUACACUGAGCAUGCGCCUCACAUAUGUCUCUACCAAAUAACGAGCUACAACAAGUUAGGAAAUUACUGUUCUGCAUGCGUUUAAUCUGUUUUCCACCAAGGAUUUUUGUCCAUGACAUAUAUACUUACAUUAUUUUAUUAAGCGAUACUUACAUAUCACCAGACGUGGUGGUGUUCUUUUAUAAAAAUUGGUCAGAAACUUGCCAAAAAUGAACAAAUAUAGUAUUAUCCGUAUUGCAAUAGUUUUAUUUAAUCUGUCAAUUAGCUUUUGAUUGCAUUUCAUGGUGUAUUUUUAUGCAUUUAUUUCUACUUUAGCUGGUGUUUUUAUUGUAGUAUUUGGUAACCGCCGGCUUGAGAACGCUAGGGGUAUUUUUGUCUGCGUUUAUUCAUUGCUGCUUUCAAGUGCCAUAAAACGUCUAAGGGAUGAAACAUUGCUAUGAAAUGUGGAAUUUUCUACUUGUGAUUUCGUUUAAUUGUUCACUUUAUCUGUUUGGAAGAUCACGCGAGAUCUUGCGUUAUUCGGCGCCAUCCACGCACAAGUCUACUUAAUUCUAUUUUAAUGAGUGAAAUUGUUUUUAAACGUGUUGUGUUUGUGAGCGCUUCUAGUCACUGUUCAAUAGCAGAUUGUGUUGUUUAAUUUUUAUAUAUAAUUUAUUUUUAAUUUAUUGUUUUUACAUUGGCUCAUAUCACGGCAGUCACUGUCGACUCAGAGUCUACACUUUGUUGGCUUAUUAUUAACAAUAUAAUAUCAAUAUUACAAAUGAGUAUAAAUUAUUAUGUUGAGUGUAACUUUGUUGUCUUGAUAGAUUUAUAUUACUCACGGAAACAAGGAUUGUUUUGACAGUGGUUUGAGUGAGAAAAAAUAUGGCCAUCUAGCACCCUGAAUUCUACAGUUUAUCUGACUUUUGUUUCUUGUUUAGCUACUCGCACUGUAACGAGAAACAAACUCAGGAUGAUUUGGGAAUCAGGGUAACCUCAGAUAUUGUAAUACCAAAUACGUUGCGUGACCCGAAUUUUUUUUACAUAUUCAUCGAUCAGUCUAGAAAGUCAGAAACGUAAUAUUCUGAGCAUGUCUCGAAGGUCGGUGAAAAAUGUGUCGAUGUUCGAAAAAUAAAAGACAACGUUUCGCGCGCGUCUCAAAGAUCUGGAAAGUCAAAGUUCGAGCCUAGCUUGAACGAUGUCACGGUUGUAUAUGUACUGUCAGAGACAUUUUGUAAUAAAUA